AUGUUGGCAGCUCGUGACCAAGAGAAUCUGGUCUACGGCCACCAAGCCGCAGCGGCUUCGAAACCGCUCAACCAGAGCAACAGAACCCUCCAGCCCAAGACACCUGGAAAUAAAUUUCCCAAGACACCCUUAAAGAUACCCUUAAACGAUGAGAAUGCGCCGACAGCUUUCGGAGGAAAGUCCGGGAAGGGAAAAGGCCUGGAGAAUCUGAUGACGGGUGGGAAACAGGGCUCGAACUUUGAUAAAAAUGGCUUCGUGACCCCUGUACUUGGUAUGGGAGCACUUCGCACUUCAUUGCAAUGUACUAAUCAUCCUCAAGGUGCCAGAACUCGAGCUCCCCUUGGAAUGAAAACCACAAAUGCGAAAGCCAAAGCUAUCCAGACUCCUGCCCCCCAUCCGCAAAAAGAGGCCGAGAAGUCGCAGCCGAAGCAAACUACCGGACGUCGACAAAAGAAAGUUAUACAUGCCGACGCAGUCAGGCUGGAAGUCCAUGGCGACGAAAGCCCAUUGGCAGAUAGGGAUGUAGAGGUAGAAUACGCGCCGCCACGACCAAAGGAUAUCCCAUAUCAGUCCGAAGACUUUCCUGAAAAUUGUCUCAAUCUGAAUCCCCUCAAGCCAGGUAACCUCAUGCGAGGUCGGUAUAGCCAUCACCAUAAUAGGCUGGAUGAGAAUGGGCUCACCAGACUCGAACGUGAAUUGGAGGAAAGCUAUAUCAAAUCAGCCAAUGAAGCCGAUGAGCGGUUUUUGAAGACGCUGGAAGAAGAGCAGUGGACUGUUGGUGAUGUACCAGAGACGUUCCGACAUUUACGCAAGAAGAAACCAGACCAGCAUAAGGCUCCAGUGAUCGAUCAGCCCAAGAGAUCCAUUCCAGUGCCGAAUAGAGCUCCUGCCACCAUUUCUUCUCGGAACGCAGCGUCGGCUCUAUCAGUCAUGCCAAAGACUAGCAUUGCGCAUCCCAGAGUUACCCAAGCAAACCCAAAGCGAACAGUCUCAUUUCUCUCCCGGCCCAAGCCUAAACCUGCACCCCUUACCACAACCAACCCUUCCAGCAUACGAAAUACCGCUGCUACAGCUGCCUCGAAAAGUACAAUAGGUUAUUCUAAAGGGCGGUCCGCUUCUGGCGCAAUGCAGAAAAAGGACGAGGUCGUCACACGGGCAGAAACUUUGCAGAAGAGGACUGGUGGAAUGAUGAGAAGCGUUAGCAACAUGAGCCAGGGAUCAGACACCACCAUCACCCCAGCUCGAUUUGUUCAGAAACAGGGAGCCGAGGAUGAGGAAUGGAAGAAGAGACUCGCCUUCCUCAGUGCAUUUGACGUCGAUGAUGAGGAUCUAGAGCCAGGGUUGAGGGGUGCGUUACCAGAGUGCUUGAGAAAGGAUGAGGACGAUGAGGAGUUUGUCUUAACUUUAGGCGAUGGUUCUGUAUAA